CAAAAUGAAGCAUUUACUAAUUGGUUGUGCCAUGUCAAUGGAAAAGCAAAAACACUAUAUCGCCAUGCUCCUCACACAAUCUAUUUUUGCAGGCAUGGCUUUGUUUUCUAAAGCUGCAAUAUCUGAAGGGAUGAACUCUUAUGUUUUUGUUACUUAUCGUCAAGCAUUUGCCAUUGUCGCCUUAGCCCCGCUCGCAGCCUUCUUCGAGAGGAAGUCUGAUGUUCCUUUAUCCUACAACAUCCUAUGGAAGAUCUUACUAAUGUCAUUUAUUAGCACUUUAAAUUUGAAUCUCUACUACUUCUCCAUACAUUAUACCACAGCAACAUUUGCUGCAGCCACAACUAACUUAAUUCCAGCCAUAACUUUUUUUAUGGCAAUAAUCUUAAGAGUGGAGGCUCUUUCAAUAAAGAAGUCACAUGGAAUUGCAAAAAUUUUGGGUUCUUCAAUUGGUGUUACAGGAGCUUUGGUGUUUGCCUUAGUUAAAGGGCCACAAUUGAACUUCAUGAAUUGGUCCAGAGGGAACACAAGGGAAACUCAUAACUCAAAUAUUAAUUAUAGUUUGAAGGAAGGAUGGUUAAAAGGUUCACUAGUUAUGCUUUUGGCUAACAUAAUAUGGUCUCUGUGGCUUAUUUUACAGGUCCCUAUCGUAAAACAAUAUCCAGCAAAGCUACGUCUUGCUACUCUAUACUGCUUGUUUAGCUGGAUACAAUCAUCAGUUUUGGCCAUGGCAAUGGAAAGGAAUAUAUCAGCAUGGAAGCUCAAAUGGGACAUCAAUCUUCUUUCAGUAGCCUACUGUGGUGUGAUUGUUACAGGCCUGACAUAUUGGUUACAGCUUUGGGCUCUAGAGAAGAAAGGACCAGUCUUCAUAGCUAUGUUCACUCCAUUAUCACUUAUCAUAACUGCCAUAGUAUCAGCAUUUCUGUGGAAGGAGACACUUUAUCUGGGAAGUGUUUGUGGAGGAAUAUUGCUAGUUGGUGGGCUCUACUUGGUCCUAUGGGGAAAGAAUAGAGAAGCAGAGAGGGAAAUAAAUGAUCAAAUACUAGAAAUCAAGGAUGGAACCACAGUAAUUUGACAGGACAGUAUUUUAUUGUAUUUGGUUACAUUUAUACAAAGGCAUGUCCAGUCCAAUAUUUCAUAUAUGGCAAAUAGAUUUUGCAGCUAAGAUUGGACAACAGCCAGUAUUUGGGACCUAUAAAAAGUUUAAUAUAUAGUACAAAGUUU